AUGGUGUCUCCUGCCAUCGCUCUGGCCUUCCUUCCCCUCCUGCUGACACUGAUAAUCAGGUACCGCUACUACUUUGUGCUGUUCUAUCGGGCAGUCCUGGUCAGGACAUGGAAGGACUGUGUUACUGGUCUGAGCCGGGAGGAGCGUGCGUACCAGUAUGUUCUCACUCAUGCCACCCCUGGAGACGCUGACAGCAUCCUGGAGGCCUUCGAUGUCUGGUGUAGCAAGGUGGAGUACAUCAGCAACAUUGGGCCUAAAAAAGGAAAGAUCCUGGACCGGCUACUGAUGGAGCAGAGCCCUCUGACAGUGCUGGAGCUGGGUGCCCACUGCGGGUACAGCACAGUGCGGAUCGCCCGGGCUCUGCCCCUGGGCGCCAGGCUCUACAGCAUCGAGAUGGACCAGAGGAAUGCUGCCAUUGCUGAGAAAAUCAUCCGCCUGGCAGGGUUUGAUGAUGACACGGUGGAGCUCAUCGUGAAUCCAUCUGAUGAGGUGAUCCCUCGGCUGCGGUCUGACUACGGUUUGGAAAGGUUGGAUUUUGUCUUCAUGGACCACUGGAAAAAAUGCUAUGCCCCUGAUCUGCAGAUGCUGGAGGGCUCUGGUCUGCUGGGAAAAGGGUCAAUGAUCGUGGCCGACAAUGUGCUGUUCCCAGGGGCUCCAAAGUUCCUCAGAUACAUCCGUAAGAGUGGCCUGUAUGAGUGGAAGGUCCACCGGGCCACGCUGGAGUACAGCAAAGGCAUCAGGGACGGGAUGGCUGAGCUGGUGUACCAGGGAAUCAAGUAG